GGAAUUACGUCUUUAGUACCUUUCUACCUGCAUUUUAAGAAACUUGGAUGUCAGGUGACCAGGUCUCAGGAGUUUUUGACAUGGAAAGCUGCAAAAGGGUACUAAUGAGGGCACAAUUAUACUGAUAAAUGAGUUCACAUGUGUACAUGAUUGCAUCUAAGAAUAAUUAGCUUCAUUGUUGCAUCAACAUUUUGUAGGAAAAAUUAUAGAUUUUAGAUAAACUAAUACAGAACUGUUUCAAAUGGUGAUAUCACUCUAUUACGAAAGCUUGAUAUGUCUACUUCUGGCUACAAUAUAUAAACAGUUACCAUUAUUAUUGUGCUUGUUAGCCUUUAGAGGCUGUAGUUUUCACGACCACAAUCUACAAUGACAGGGUUCUAUUGGAAAACUGAACAUAUGCACUUCUUCGCCAAGAAAGCUUGUUCAAUCCUUCUGUUUUUCCUUUUGCACUCCAUAAUUAUCGAAAUAAGUAAUCUCAAUCUUCUUUUCUUCUUAUAAACUGACUAACAAAGUUUAAGUGACAUAAUUACGGAAUUCUGAUUGUAAAACUUGGAGAUGGGAAUUAGGCGCUGCUUUCUUUAUUAGUGGUUAGCUUUUCGUAAUCACGUGAGGAUAUUACCCAUUCGAGCAAUUCUAUAACAUAAGUCAUUAAGAUUGCUAUUUUAUAGUUAUGGAAUUGAACCAUGACCUCUAAGACUUGAUUCAUUUUUUAUUGAAAUAUUGAGAGUUGAAUGAGAUUCUGUAACAGACGGAUACAAGAUAUCUGUCAGCUACUAACUAUUAUUACUUUGACUUCUGGCUUCAGCUUUAAUAGCUUAUUGGAUCCCUUUUGUCAUUCUUAUUUAGGAUAAUCUAUUUUUAAUUGCAAGUUUUUUCUUCUCUGUCUUGAAAAGUUUUGUCCAGAGCUAUCUAUGGUCUUUUCUCUUUUCAGAGCUCUCACUGAGAUUAAACAUAUCAGUAUAAAUUAUCAAUCUUUUUUGUUUGUGUUACAGACAUAAUUCCAUGUCCAUUGCUUUACUUGAAACACGCUAUGUUUUUGAUACAUGAUAUUUAGGUUUAGCCGGAUCAAACACAGAACUAUUCUAGACUGAAUCGAUAUAAAUCUUAUAAAAGCACUAUAUAUAAUUUUUCUUGAUGUAUGCAUGUGUAAUUCAGGGGGAGAAGCUUUUGGGAAGCCUUGGCGGUCUCUUUUCAAAGACAUGGAAACCCAAGAAAACUCGAACUAUAAAAGGGCCUAUUUUAACCAGCGAUGACUCUUACUUAAAGAGGAGAAGCCACGCAGAGCAGAGACAAAGAUUAGGUUUAUCUUCAAGUCCUACAAACUCAAUAUCAAAUCCUCAGCAGUAUCCUUCUGAACCUGCAUCUGCUGCACUAGAGAAAGUUCAGGUAGAAAAGGCAAAGCAAGACAAUGCGUUAUCUGAUCUGAGCAAUCUAUUGGGUGAACUGAAAAAUAUGGCUGUAGAUAUGGGUUCCGAGAUUGAGAGGCAGAACAAGGCUCUGGAUCAUUUGGAUGAUGAUGUUGGAGAGUUAAAUUUUAGAAUGAGAGGAGCAAACAUCAGGGGACUUCGUCUUCUUGGAAAAUAGACCGCCCAACAUUGUUAAGAUUUUUUCUUCUUUUUAUUCUUAAAUGGGUUCAUAUGUUUCAAAUUUCAUAUCACUUAGCUAUAUUGAAUAAUCUCACCUGGUGUUUUGAAAUUUGAAAUAUAAUGUAUUGAAGUGGGGAAGUCUGUUGUAUUCUUAGACGACAUACUUCAAGGUGUUAAUGUCACAUAUUUGAAUAAGUUCCAUGAAAUAUAUGAGGGAAGUCUGGAGCUUUCCUAUGUUUUUGAUAUUCAA